AUGUCCUCAUCCUCUGAGAAUACAGAAAAUACACAGAAUGACAGAUCUGCUAAAAUUUUGAGAAAUGUUCAGCAAAGGUUAGCAUUGAACAAUGUUACGAACACGAUAACAGCGCAACAAAAUGCAUCUCAUCAGUCAUCUAUUAGAAACUUGAAAAGUUCUCUGUCCAUGGCAAGAGAUGAAGGAAGCAGAAUUCCACAGUUUAGUAAAGAGACAUAUAUUCAUCCAAGCUUAGCUAAUUCAUCAACACUCGAUCCACAAAAUAGCUCACGAAGUAGCACGACGAAUAAAUCGAUUGACUUCCUGUCCUCCAAAACAGCAUCAGUUGGACAAGGCGAAUUAGGUUCUUUCACUGUGUGCGAGAAUAAAGAGAACCAAGAUCCAUUCUCUUCAUCGAGACUGUUACCUUCAAUAAGAGAAGAAGGACAUCACAAGUCAGAUGAGGAGCACGUACUUCUGAAAUCUCAGUCGAGUCAUAUUACACAAACUGGUAAACCAGAUCCAAAAAGCUCACAAAUUUUUUUAGGUAAUGAUAAAAUUGAUACCAGCAGUGACUAUCAGAAAAGCAAUAGCAGUAGUACUAAUAAUAAUAACAAUAACAGCAAUAAUAAUAAUAAUAAUAAUAAUAAUAAUGACAGUAAGAAUAGCAUUAAUCCCAGAGAUAUGGAUGCUGGGAAGAAAAGGCCGAUCUCUACUUUAGUAGAGCAUGAUGUGCCUAAGAAGUUUAAAAUAUGCGACGAAAAUGGUGAGGAAGAAUAUGAGUGGGAAGACCUAGAUGCAGAAGAUGCUAAUGAUCCUUUCAUGGUUAGUGAGUAUGUGAAUGAAAUUUUUGAUUAUUUAAGUCAUUUGGAGGUAGUUACACUACCAAGUGAAGAAAAUCUCUAUAAACACAGAAACAUUCGUCAAAAUCGAGAUAUUCUAGUAAACUGGUUAGUGAAAAUUCAUAAUAAAUUUGGACUAUUACCCGAGACGCUCUAUCUAGCGAUAAACACAAUGGAUCGUUUUUUGAGUAAGGAACUAGUUCAGUUAGAUAAGCUUCAAUUAGUUGGCACGUCAUGUCUCUUCAUCGCAUCAAAGUAUGAGGAAGUUUACUCACCAAGCAUAAAACAUUUUGCAUCAGAAACUGAUGGCGCUUGUACAGAAGACGAAAUCAAAGAGGGCGAAAAAUUCAUUUUGAAGACACUGAAUUUUAAUCUAAAUUAUCCGAAUCCAAUGAACUUCUUGCGGAGAAUAUCGAAGGCGGAUGACUACGAUAUACAGUCUCGAACACUUGCCAAGUUCCUGCUAGAGAUUUCAUUGGUUGAUUUCAGAUUUAUAGGUAUAUUGCCCUCUUUAUGUGCAGCAGCAGCUAUGUUUCUUUCUAGAAAGAUGUUAGGCAAGGGAAAGUGGGAUGGUAAUCUAAUUCAUUAUAGUGGUGGCUAUACGAAAGAACAAUUAGCGCCGGUAUGCCACAUGAUGAUGGAUUAUCUAGUAAGUCCAAUCGUCCACGAUGAAUUUCACAGAAAGUAUCAGUCAAGAAGGUUUAUGAAAGCAUCAGUAAUAUCCGUUCAAUGGGCAUUGAAGGUUAGAAAAAAUGGAUAUGAUAUAAUGACACUGCAUGAAUAG